UACAGUUCUUAUUUUAAAAUGUUGCGUUUAAGUUGUGUGUUGUCUCUAUUUACAGUGUUGCUGUAUGUUAAUACAUUUCAUUUUGUACAAUGUCGAUUUAGUUUACUAGGCGAUGGUCUCAAUGAAAUUGUGAAUGGUAUAGAUGAAUUCAACAAUAAUAAUGUGACAAUUUUCGAGGAACUAAAAAAGAUAAAUCCACUUUUAAAACUAAAAUCAUUCGAUAGUGACAUUACUUCUCGCAACAUUACAAAAUUAAUCAAAAAAUAUGGCUACACAGUUGAGGAAUACGAAGUAACAACCGAAGAUGGGUAUAUUUUGAAGAUAUUUAGAAUCCCUGGGAAUGGCCCUGUAAUCUUUUUACAACAUGGGCUAUUUGAAAGUUCUGAUGACUGGGUCUCACCAGGAAAGAAAAGCAUCGCUUUGCGUCUUGCGGCUGCCAGUUACGACGUAUGGUUGGGUAACGCCAGGGGUAAUAGACAUUCAAUGAAAAAUAUUAACCUAAAACCUAAUCAACGAGAGUUUUGGAACUUCAGUUGGCAUGAAAUUGGCAUAUACGAUACACCUGCUAUGAUUGACCGAGUACUUGAGGUAACCGGCACAACAUCCCUGGUAUACGUCGGGCAUUCCCAAGGAACAACAAGUUUUUACGUGAUGGGUUCAUUAAAACCAGAAUAUAACAAAAAAAUAUCUCUUAUGGUGUCUCUGUCAGCUCUAGCAUGGCUAUCUCAUAUUACUACUCCAAUUAGAUUAACUGCACCCUUUGCUAACAAAUUGUACCCUACACUUGAAGCCAUCGGCAUAUAUAAAAUAUUCACAAAUGACGCCUUAUUAGCUGGAGUAGAAGGAGCACUUUGUGGUAACACCGUAACAGCUCUCAUUGUGUGCGAAACACUAGUAUCCAUUCUUGGUGGCUUUAAUUAUAAUCAAGUAGAUUUACUACAACUUCCAGCAAUAUUCAGUUAUUAUCCAUCUGGAGCGUCAAUAAAACAAUUCGUGCAUUAUACACAAUUGGUUGAAUCCGGUUAUUUUAGACAGUUUGAUUAUGGAACAAAAAAUGAAGAAAUAUAUCAAUCUCCCAGUCCACCGUCGUAUCCCGUUGAAAAUAUAACAGCUCCUGUUGCUAUAUUCUUCGGUAAAGGCGAUUUUCUCGGUGUCAAGGAAGAUGUUGAUAUAUUAGUAUCAAAGUUGCCGAAUGUUGUUGAUUUUUACACUGUGCCUAACCCAAAAUUCGAUCAUUUCGAUUUCAUAUGGGCUAAAAAUCGCGACACUUUAGUACUUCCAAAACUAAUACAAUUGAUUGAAAAGUAUAAAAAAGUCUCUCUCAAUACAACACCAAAAUACAAUCAUAUUCAGUCAGCAUAUUGGAUCAUAGUUGAAAGACAGAUUGCCAAGACGCAGGAUACGGAAAGAAAAAAAGUGAAUGAAGUUGACUGUGUAGUGGGUAAAUACUUAGAAAUCUGGAGCGUGUACUUCCACAGUAUACUUCCAUCAACUUCAAAGAAAUAUCAUUUCGCAAAUUCUGGCGGCGAUUUCGCAGUCUGUAGGAAGGGUGAUGCAAAGUUCUUUGGAUCUUCAAAACAACUCAUAGUUGACUGUGAUUGCUCUCUCAAAAUGAGAGCGUAUAUUUAUCUGGGAAUUAUAUUUAUUUGGCUUAGAAAUUAUCUUGUUAGUGGCUUCUACUCAUUGGAUGAUUUUAUAAAACAAGAUCAUAAAGUAAUAGUGAAAUAUCUGGAUGAAUUCCGAAACGUAACUCAAUUACCGAAGGAUAUUUCGAUAAGUGCUGCCGAAGCUAGAUUAAAGGCAGCAGAAUUCCAAUUGGGAUUAAUGAACGAAGAUAUUCAUCUGAAUAUAACUCAACUUGUAAGUAAAUAUGGAUAUCCAGUUGAGGAACACUACGUUGAAACUAUUGAUGGAUACGUCUUAAAAGUUUUUAGGAUACCGAGUAAUGGUAGACCACUCUUUUUGAUGCAUGGAUUUUUAUGCAGCGCAGACGACUGGGUAUCUCCAGGUGUUGAAAGUGGGAUUGCUUACUUAUUAGCUUCAAAAGGUUUCGACGUAUGGAUGGGUAAUGCAAGAGGCAACAAACAUUCAAAAUUCAAUAUCAGAAAGCAGCCUAUCCAACCAUCUUUUUGGGACUUCAGUUGGCACGAGAUUGGCAUGAUCGAUGUCCCAACUAUGAUUGAUUACGUCCUUGAAAAAACCCAAAGAGAAAAACUCACUUAUAUCGGGCAUUCUCAAGGGACUACAUCUUUUUUUGUUAUGUGUUCAUUAAAACCCGAAUAUAACGACAAAAUAGAAUUAAUGGUGGCACUUUCGGCUGUUGCUUGGAUGUCGCAUUUAGUGAGCCCAAUCUCCAGAGUUUAUAUGAAUUUUGCACCAGUAUUUAAUAUCUUGCCAAAUGCAGCAACAAAUUUCGAAAUUUCGGGUGAUACGACAGUAUCGAAAAUAUUUCGUUCAACUUUAUGUGGCGAUGGUCUCUUGGCAUUUACGGUUUGCGAAAACAUUAUGUCUGUAAUUUGUGGCUUUGACUAUUCACAAAUAAACUUUAGACAGCUUCCUGUUAUCUUCAACCACUGCCCAGCGGGUUCAUCCAUGAAGCAAGCACUCCACUAUUCUCAGGAGGUUUCUUCAGGAUAUUUUCGUCAAUUUGACUAUGGACUAAUACGAAACCUUAUUAAGUACGGCUCGCCUCAACCUCCCUCGUACCCUGUUGAAAAAGUAACUGCUGCAGUUGCUAUAGUCUACAGCGAAGGCGACUGGCUAGCCAGUGUCACUGAUGUCAAUAAGUUGCGUUCCAAAUUACCAAAUGUCAUAGAUUUCUAUAAAAUUCCUUUAAAAAAAUUUAAUCACCAAGAUUAUUUAUGGGCGAAGGAUACUAAAACUCUGAUAUUUCCAAAACUCAUGGAACUUAUCACGAAGUAUAAUAAUGUAUCACAGGUCAACAAUCGAACAUGGAAUGAACAAUAAAUUGUUGGAGUGACAAUGCCAUAUUCAAGAAACAAUAAUUUACAAGAACGCAACAUCGACACAUCUGUUAACAGUUAUUUUGGCUCUGAUAGUAAUUAUUUUGUCGCUAUUGUAGCUGCAGUACCUGUAGGUAACAAAUAACAUGAAUAAAAAUAAUAUGUCUAAUAGAUAGCCUUACAUCCGAAAUCUUUUGUAGAAAUAGAUCGCAGAAUAGGCUGUUCUUCGAUUUUGUAAAAUAUAUUCUAAAAUAAUUGGAAAGAUUCGAUAAACAACUGGUAUUUUUAAUUCCUCAAAUGAAUUCAACUCUAUUCUAACAAAAAUUGUUUUAAGUUUAAAUGAUAAGUAAAAAUAGUGGCGCCAUUUGGCUUUCCUAUUUAGGAAGCCGCUAUGAUUGUGACGUCUUUAAAACAUACACAAAUGUACAGUGUAAUCCUGAUAUUUCUAAAAAUAAAGUGUGUGUGUCAGCUCCGACGCACGACCGGAGUUUACUACUCAAGAACGAUUGUCUU